AUGCCCGUAUAUAGCCGUUCACCGUCUCCUAGAGAUGGAGAUCGUUCUCGUUCACGGUCAAACGAUCGUUUUCGUGAAGAUGAACCAUUUCGUUUACAUUUUGCUGAUUUAUCACCGAAUGUUACGAAACGUGAUCUCGAAAAAGCUGUAGAAAAAUAUGGCCCAGUUUCGGAUGUCUGGCAUGCUCAAGCGUCAUGUUUUGCAUUCAUCGUUGUCAAAUAUCGUGAAGAUGGGCAACGAGCGAUUGAUGAAUUAGAUGGAAGAUUUAUUGGUGGAAGUCGUGUUCGAGUAUCAUGGGCAAGACCAAGAACGAGAGGAGGCAAAAGAAGAUGGGAUCCAAAUAUGCGUUGUUAUCAAUGUGGACAAAAAGGACAUUUUAGCCGAGAUUGUAAUGAUUUUUGGUCACAAAAGAAAAGUAGAAAUGGUGGUGGAUACAGUGGAAAUGGACGACGAUCGAGAUCACGUUCAAAUCGACGCGAUCGUUCGACAUCAAGAUCUAGACAUCGUAGUUAUACAAGAAGUCGUACGCGUUCUGCGUCACCUCGUGGCAAAGUUACAAAAAUAAUGCCCCGUUCACGAUCACCUACUCCUCGUUCGCCAUCACCGUCCGAUUAUCAUUCACGCCAUCACAGUAAUGAUGAUAAUCAUGAAAAUAGUCACAAUGAUCGAGAUGAUCAAUUUCGAAUUCACAUUGCCGAACUGUCGUCAGCUUGUAAACAAAAAGAAAUUGAAAAAUCAUUUUCAGAAUUUGGACAAAUACUUGAAGUAUGGCAUGCACAAGCGUCACGUUUUGCAUUUGUAGUUUAUAAAUACAAGCAGGAAGCUCAAAAAGCAGUUGACAUUAUGGACGGGAGGUCAUUUAAUGGUACCAGAAUACGUGUUACGUGGGCUCGUCCUCGUAUAAGAAAUCGUCCACGAAGAUAUGAUCCAAAUAUGUCUUGCUAUCAAUGUGGUCAACGAGGACAUUUUAGCCGUGAUUGCGAAGGUUUAUCACAUGCAAGAUCCUCAUCACGCCGAAGAGACAAUGAUAAGACUGCAAGACAUAGUAGACGAUAUAACAGUCGGCAAUCAAGAUCUCGUUCACCAGUACAAUCACAACGACGGAAUAAUAAUAAUAGCGACGGACAAAGACGAUAUAAUUCAAGGGAACGACCACGAAGCUCACAUGAUAGAGGAUCAAGGUAUCAUAAUAAUAAUAGUGUAGAAACUAGUGCUAUCGCAGAUUUUUUUCACAAAAAGUCGGUGUUUGUAACUGGGGCCACUGGAUUUAUUGGAAAACAACUUGUGGAAAAAUUAAUCCGUUCAUGUCCAGAUAUUGAACAAAUUUUCAUUCUUGUUCGACCAAAACGUGGUCAAGGUGUUGUUGAAAGAGUAAAACAACUAUGUGCUGGUCCGUUGUUUAAUACAAUUCGUCAAAUUAAUCCAUCAUUUGAAAAGAAAAUAAUACCAAUUCAAGGAGAUAUUCUCGAUCAAAAUUUUGGUCUUUCAUCAACCGAUGAGUAUACAUUAAUUGAACAAUGUCACGUUGUAUUUCAUUCGGCAGCGACAAUUCGGUUUCACGAACCAUUACGAUUAGCAAUACAAAUGAAUGUAGCGUCGAUUAAAAAAUUAUUGACGCUAUGUCACAAAAUGAAAAAACUACAGGCUAUUGUUCAUGUAUCAACAGCUUAUGCUAAUUGUAAUCGUACUGAUUGUGCCGAAGUCAUUUAUCCACCUCCUAUUCAACCGACAAAAUUAUUAGAUGCUUCUGAAUGGAUGGAUGAUAGUGUAUUCGAUGUAUUAACAACAAAAAUAAUUAAAGAUCGCCCAAAUACUUACACAUAUACAAAAGCUCUAGCUGAAUAUGUUAUUUCACAAGAAGGAGUACAUUUGCCAAUUGCCAUUAUUAGACCAUCGAUUGUUGGUGCUUCAUGGAAGGAACCAUUUCCAGGUUGGAUUGACAAUUAUAAUGGACCAUCUGGUCUUCUUGUAUCGAUUGGAAAAGGCAUGUUACGAGCCAUGUUAGGUAACAGUGAUGCUCGAGCUGAUAUUAUACCGGUUGAUAUUGUUGUUAAUAUGAUGUUAGCAAUUGCGUGGCAUACAGCAAUUAAACGUCCGAAGGAUAUGGUUAUUUAUCAUUGUUGUGCAAAUAGACGCAGUUUAUCAUGGGGUCGAGUUGUUCAAUAUGGUCUCGAACAUUUGGAUACAAUUCCAUUUGAAAACAGUAUCGCAUAUCCACGUCUAAUAUUCGACGGUAAUAGAUUUCGUUAUUUUUCUCGUCGAAUGCUAGAAGAAAUAUUACCAGCGUUCCUUCUCGACAUUUAUAUACGUUUAAUUGGACGAAAGCCUAUAUUUGUUAAUCUAUCCUAUAAAAUUUAUAAGUCUGUUAGAACAUUAGACUUUUUUACUAGUCAUCAAUGGGAUUUUCCAAGUAACAACAGUUUAGCAAUACAAAAUGAAAUGAAUGAUACCGAUUUAAAACUGUUUAAUUUUGAUUUGAAAGGCAUGAAUUGGUCGACGUAUUGGGAGAAUUAUUGUAUAGGAGCUAAAAAGUAUAUUUUACGUGAAGAUUUUACUCAUAUACCAAAAUGUCAAGCGCAUUAUCGAAGGUUGAAACGCAUUCAAAAUAUUCUCUUUUUUUCACUUGUCAUGCUUGUUUUGAAAUUGCUAUUUUUCAAAUCAUUCCGAUUACGUCACACAUUAAUGUCUAUGCUGCGUCUAACAUUAACAUUGUUGAGUACAAUUGUCUAUAAAUUAAAUUUAACUAAACGAAAGGCACUCGUUGCAUAA